AUGACAACCCUUUUGUACAGGUUCACCGGCAACGAGAUCCAGCUGAUCGGUCAGACAAGGUUGGCUAUAUCACUCGGAGAAGAGUCACUUCGAAGGACCAGGACCACCACCUUCAUUGUCGUGGACGCCCCAUCAGCCUAUAAUGUCAUCCUGGGCAGGCCGACCCUCAACGAAUUUCGGGCGGUAGUCUCAACCUAUUGCCAGAAGAUCAAGUUCCCCGUAGAGGACCAGGUCGAGGAAGUCAAAGGAGAUCAACUGGCUGCUCAGCGUUGCUACGUCGAGAUGGUGAAGGCGGAGGCUAAGUCUUCUCGGAAAGCUCCUCGACACGAGGUAAACACCAUAACCGAAAAACCUCUUAUUCUAGUUUAUGAAGAGAAAGAAUAG